UACUCAUAUUGACACUGGUUUCUACUAGUCGUCACACUCACUGUAAAGUGUACCAGCUUUUCUAACUUUCCUAAUCUUAAAGAAAAAAAACAAAAAAACAAUUGCAUUUGGACUGCAUUUUGUAACACUCAUCAGCACAUAGAUAGCAGUUUAAUUUUAGCUUCACAGGUUACUAAUUACCUUUUACGUUCACAAGAAAAAUGACCACAGUCGAAGUUCUCAGAGGUGAUAAAGUCCAGCUGCACAAACCUCGUGGAAGGAGGUAUCAUCCACAUGGCCACGGAGAGGAGACCUACUUUAGGCCUCACAUACAGCAUGUUGAGCCCCACUACACAGAAAGUGACCUUGACUGGAAUUCAAGGGUACGAUGGCUUCCUCAUCCUCGUUAUAGUGAUGCCCCAUUCCCUGAAAUUAAAGCAAUUAGAUUUCCCAGUGAAACCAGAUUGCUCAGGUCAUUUCCAGAAGCAAAUAUGGAGUCGAAUUCAGAAUGGACAUUCUAUCCCAGAUUUGGCCUUCCUGUGACCUAUCAUUUUGGGAAAAAGUGUACCAUCAAUGGGGUUCACGUUCGUAACUCGACAUCCACAUCUGAGCGAACUGUUCCUAUGAUGGUAGGGAGGAAAAAGAAGACCAUUAGGUCCCAUAGUUUAACCUCUCCAGGUAAUAAGCCUUAUUAUACUGCAGAGUACAGCCCAGGCUUUCACAAGAUGGGAUCAACUAGACCUGUGCCUAACUUUAGGGGAUCGCCAAUCAUAAGAGCUGACACAUUCAUUCCUCUUCAGCCAAAGCCUGUAUUUCCAUGCAAACCUUUUAAAGAGAAGCAGAAGAUUCAACAGCGGGAGGAGGAAUCACACGAAGUAAAGAUGUUGAGCACUUGGAGGUCAGCAUCACCUAUACUUAAAUCUUAACAACAAAGCGGGGAAAAAGAAGAGUCGUGUGAAUUUAAACCUGUAUAUAGUAGCUAACAGGUUAAGGAUAACAGUUGUGUUUUUUUUAGCUGCUGGCUUCUAUAUUUUGUAAAUUCUGAUGAAGGUCACAGAAAUGCUGAUUUGACUUGUUCACUAU